AUGGCAACUUCACAAGUGGCAACAUUCAAUGAUGUCAUGUUUCAACCGUGGAAUUUGGCCAAAACCGACUCGUAUAUGAAAAACACAUUUGUGCCAUUGACCUAUAAGGUGAGAGAAGUUUGAAUUCGGGUUUUUAGCGGGAAAACGGAUUUUUUGUUUGAAUAAAAUAUUGAAUUCGGAACUUUCAGUUCGGAAAAUCCACGUGGCAAAACUACACAUUUACAACUAGAUUUUCAGGUUCCAGAAAUCCACGUGGAAAAUUUUUUUGAUACAAAAAUUUUAUUUUGAAAUCCCAAAAUCCACAUGGCAUAGAUUUGUAACUCCAAAAAUGUUAAACCAAAAUCCACGUGGCAUAUAAAAUUAAAGGAACAUUCUUGAUCUAAGAAAUCUACGUGGCGACAAAGUAUGCACAGCUAGCUUUUUAGGUCCCAAAAAGCCACGUGACACAUUUCUCCAACUACUGAAAAUUUAGUGGCAACCUCUAGAAAAAUCCACGUGGCAUCCAAAUAUUUUCUACGAUCUCAUUAAUUUCCAGAUCGCUGUCGGCUACCUGAUCACAAUCUACUUCGGUCAAAAAAUCAUGAAAAACCGCAAACCGUUCGAGCUGCAAGGUCUGCUCGCCGCCUGGAAUUUCAUGUUCUCCCUAUUCUCCGGCAUCGCCGCCUACAAACUCAUCCCAGAAUUGAUCGGCGUUUUUGCCAAGGACGGAUUUGUCGCGAGUUAUUGUCAAAACGAGAGUUAUUACACUGACGCAAGCACCGGAUUCUGGGGAUGGGCUUUUGUUAUGUCGAAAGCGCCGGAAUUGGGAGACACCAUGUUUUUGGUGUUGAGAAAGAAGCCUGUGAUUUUUAUGCAUUGGUAUCAUCAUGCUCUUACUUUUGUUUAUGCUAUUAUUACUUAUUCGGAACAUCAAGCUUGGGCUAGAUGGUCUUUGGCUUUGAAUUUGACUGUUCAUACUGUUAUGUACUUGUAAGUGAUUUUUCUGAGCUUCAUUUUGAGCCUAAAUAAGGCUGGGGUAACUUAGCUCGUUAUUUAUUUUGAAAUUUUGAGCUCAAAUAUGAUUAGUUUAUGUGAUCCCAAACUGUUAUCUUCCGGGUUCAAAAUAAAGCCCCAGAAGCUCUCAAGAAUCCCCAAAAAACCCCCACCUCAUUUCCAGCUACUUCGGAGUCCGCGCUCUCAACAUCAAAACACCUCGACCAGUCGCCAAAUUCAUUACCACCAUUCAAAUCACCCAAUUCGUCAUCUCCUGCUACAUUUUCGCUCAUCUCGUCUUCAUCAAAUCCUACGAUUUGGUUCCAGGAUGCGCUGUUAGCUGGAAUGUUUUAUCGAUUGGUGGAGUCAUGUAUUUGAGUUAUCUUUAUCUUUUCGCCGAAUUCUUCUACAAAGCCUAUAUUAAGAAGAGCACCGGUGGAGCUAAUAAGGCUAAAUCUCAAUAA